AUGACUAGCGAACAACUGACUUUCCUCCACCGCUGUCGCGAUCACGGUGUGUUACCGAAGUCUCUUCGUUUCAAACCUACGUUGCCGAAUGAGACCGGGAGAUUUCUUGCGCGCAAAUACGGAUGGCGUGUUUUGAGUGCUAUAAUUUCGGACGUUCACAAUCGUCUCCACAUAUUCGAAGCUAAAAUUACUGACCUAAAAAAUCAGUGCGCUUCAGCGCUACCUGAGCACGUAUUCGAGGAUGUGCAGCAAAGAAUUAACGCCACCACCAAGGAUGCAAGAUUGAAGAAAAGACUUGAUCUCCAGGAGAAACUCCAAUCACUUCUCCGUCCUACAAACCAAGGAGAUCUGACCACGAGAGUUGUCAACCUAUCGAAGAGGAGUCUCUCACCUGCGGAAAUCACCCUCCUAUCCAAGGGGAUAGGAUUUAAUCAUGCGGAUGCCACACCUACCGACUUCCUAGCUGGGAUUGAGUCUAUACUACUGGCAUCCAACAUUCCGGAAGACAUGCGCGCAAACAUACGAAGCUGCGCCACCGGUAUUCUCCGGCAAAAAAGAUACCAACAAAAUCUACCGGCCGAAGAAGCGCAAGCAUUACGAUCAUUGAAGUCGGAUCACAGUAUUGUUGUUGUUCCCGCUGACAAGGGUGGCGCUACUGUCAUCAUGGACAAAGUUGAAUAUGUUAACAAGGCGAAUGAAAUCUUCAGUGACAUAGAGGCCUAUACAGUUCUUGCUGAAGAUCCGACUAAAAAGCAAGCUGCAGCUAUCAAACAGAAAGUUAACGAGCUCGCUCGUUUGAAAGUAAUCAGUCCAGAUGACUCCAAGUUGAUGACCCUCAGUGAUCCCCACAUCGCACACGCGAACGGCCUCCCAAAAGUGCACAAAGUGGAUGUCCCCCUGAGGAUCAUAGUGCCACUUAUCGGAUCACCCACUUACAAUAUAGCUAAGUGGUUAUACAGUCGUCUGAAGCGGCUCACUCAUGGAUCGGAUUAUAGCAUUAACAACUCUCAAGCGUUCCUCCGAAGGGUACAAGGCCUCAAAGUAAGUACCGAUUAA